AUGAUGGCACUUCCAACGCUCAGAGUAGCCUCAGCCUCCGGCAGCGUGGCACGCGCACCCAUGGGAUCGCGCUUCAACUCGACUGGCGCAGGAAGCGGAACCGAUGCGGCGUAUGGCUCGGCAACGCGGUCCACAGUGCCUCCUCGAUCCACGCAUGCCACCUACCACCCGGGCGGAUACGGCAUCUCGGAGGGCCUCAAGCGUGCGCGCAAGCCGUACCGAUUCCGCAACAUUCUGACUGGAUCGCUCAUCAUGGGAUUCGCCACCAGCGUCUACUUUUACUCGAUCUCCAAGGUCAAGCAAGACGACUUUUCCGACCUCGCCGACGUCAGGGCUCCUGGCGCUGCGGCCGACGCUGCUUCCACACCCGUCACCACCGAGUCGGAUCACAAGCACAAGGUCUAG